AAAUUUCUUAUUUUCUCUACUUAUCAAGUGAUAACCACGCGCCUAAGUUCUUCUUCCUCUUGCUCAUUUCAGCUGGUACAUAAAUCUCAGGCUUCUCCAGUUUGUCCUCUUCUUCGAUUCGCUUGGAUCUUCAAACCUUCGGAACAACAAGCUCAAAGGGGUCCUUGAAAGUUUGAACCUUUCAGCUUCAGAUGGCUUCAUCUUCCAGCUCCCUUGCUGAGAAAGAAAAAGGACAUGGCGUUUCUGAAGAAGACUCUCCAGCCUUCUGCUUGAGGAUUUUCAGCCGUGAAGAUCUCAAAGAUGGGAAGAAGGAACUUCCGCCAGCAGCUGUGAGGGAGUAUGGACAUCAAAUGGCAGACCAUAUGUUUCUCAAGGUUCCAAAUUGUGGAGAACAUUGGAAAAUAGAAUUGAGAACGUCACCUCGUCGUGAUCGAAUGUGGUUGGAGAAGGGAUGGGAAGAGUUUGCCAGCUUUUACUUACUGGACCAAGGCGACAUGGCAACCUUCAGCUUUGAAGGCGAACAUUCCCAUUUCCAUGUAAGCAUCUAUAGUUGGGAUGAUAUGGAAAUAGAAUACCCUAUUCGCAGUGGAGGAGCUGGUGUCAGUACACCAGAAAGAAAAGAAAUAGGAACUGAAGCUGUAGCUAUAGCCAGUUCACUUUCCCACAGAUCCUCUGUUGCUGUACGUGGAAAAGAUAAGGUCAGAAGACGAAGAAGGAGACAAACAGGAUUUGAAGCUGAAGCUAGAGCCAUUUCAGUUUCCUCCAGAUGCUCUGCUGAUGAACAUGAAUAUGAUACUUCCCAAAUGAGCAGUUUCAGGUCGGACAAACCAUUUCUUGAUAUCAGAAUUCCAGCCAAACACUUGUCCUGUCGUGUGUUUAUAAAUCACCCAUUUGCCACGGAACAUUUCUAUAAAGCAGACACUUGUUGUGACGUGAUGCUACAGAAUAUUCAAGGUGACAGAGCUUGGACGAUUCAGUGUACUUCAUACAAAAGAAGUAAUGGAAGAAUAGAAGCAAUAAUUUCAGGUACUGGUUGGAGAGCAUUCAGGCAGGACAAUCAUCUGGAAGAAGGUGAUAUCUGUGUGUUGGAGGUGAUAGAGGAACGUAAGUGCAGAGUUUUGAUAUUCCGAGCUAAAAAGUGAAGAUAGCAUGAGUUGUUCAUAGUUUCAUAGUUUCGGUAAUAUCAGGAGCUGGCUGGAAAUCCUUUAGGUAGGACAAUCAUCUAGAAGAGGGUGACGUCUUAGGGUUAGAGGUGAUAGAGGAACGUAGGUGCAGACUGCAGAGUUUCAAUAAUCUGAGUUCAAAAGUGAAGAUUCCUAGCAUGGGAAAUGCUCAUAAUUCCACAACAUGCUCUUUUGAGGUCAGAUUUGAGGAACAGUUGAGUAUCAUCUAAAAGAAAGAUUAGUGAUAGAUGGAGUUCAUAGGGAGUAUGAGUUCAGAGGAAGUAUUGCUGUUUAUGUAACAAUGAGUUCUGGGAAGCAAGCAACAAAGGAUGACCGGGCGACUUGUUUUCUCAUUCAGAACACCAGAAACUCCAGAAGAAAGAAAGACAUUGUAAAAUAGGCUUCUUUAAGAUAUGGAUUCAGUGCAUCAAUCUUUGUAUCAUUCUAUCAUAUGCACUUCCAGAACAGGUUUUUCUUUUAAUUGGGUAAAUGAAAAUUGCUUUA